AUGAAUACGGGCAAUGGCAACGAGGCUGCGAACAGCCAGUUCCGCCCGGGCGGUCAGGCUUCCCAUGAUGGUGAUGGCAGCGAGCUGCCUGGCCCAGGUUCUCGCAGCGAGGAAUCCGAGGAUCUGGGACCAGAAACCCGGGCCAAACAGGGAAACUACGAGAAGCGGUGGUUGUUCUGGGCGCCCAUCCAAGUAAGCACAAGAGGGACUCGCUUCUUUGGCAGCCGUGAGCAUGACAGGGAGGCUAUCAAGAUCUCCCACAACGCUAUUCAUGCCGGCUACAAAACGCGGUAA